GAGUUUAAAUUAAAAAAAUAUUGUUAACCUAGCUGGACUAGAAAAGUGACAAACAGCGUACAACAUUUGACCGUUCGGUGGUGUUGUUGUUUCUUUCGUUUGCCUCUUUCAUUUUCCUUUCUUUGGCGUAAUUAGAUUAUGAUCGUGGGUGCACCAUAAAUGUCUGUACUGGUUUCUGUAUGCUUGCUCAAGAUUGAAUUAGUCGCCGACGGAAGCAACAGUCAAUCGUCCGAUAUGUUGGGACCGACGGAAUCCGCAUCCGCCUACGAUGACGCAGCAACAGGAGGCAGCAUUGUUGGCGACGAGGUAGCCGGAGCGGUAUCCAACGAACAUCCCAACAAUCCACGGUUGCAGCGAGAGAUGCGAGGCCAGCGUAAACCGAAGAAAAUUAUUAUCGAAAGCUACCGUAACCGGUUGAUGGAUGGCGCCCCAGCCGAUGAAUACCGGGGCAUUCUGCCUAAAAGUUCGCGCGAGCAAACUCCGAUGGACGAGUUGCCACCGUCGGCCACGGAGUUCCCGGGAGAGAUCAACUUCUUCUCUGGGAAUCCAUUUGUCGAAGUUACCAAAGGCAUUCUUCAUUUGUUCAAACGGAAUGAACGGGCAGAUAUGACGGAAGGUGGUGUUUCGCAAACACUCUGUCUGAUUGCUGUACCAUCGUCGUUGAACUGCCAUGACAUACUCAAUUUUAUCGCUCCCUGCCACCAGCAGAUACAACACGUCCGCAUCCUGCGCGAUGGUUCACCGAAUCAGUUCAUGGUGUUGCUAGAGUUCCGCUGUACCGAUGGAGCGAUCGAGUUUUAUAAAACUUUCAAUGGGGCACCAUACAAUAGUCUCGAGCCAGACUCGCUCUGCCAUGCCGUGUGGGUUUCGACCGUCGAAUGGGGACUGGAUGGAAACUGCAUCGCACCGCCGGGCCACACGGAACUGCCGACGUGCCCCGUGUGCCUGGAGCGCAUGGACGAAAGUGUGGACGGUGUGCUGACGAUCCUGUGCAACCACACAUUCCACGCCGGAUGUUUGAUCAAGUGGUGCGACUCAACGUGUCCCGUGUGUCGCUGCAUCCAAACGCCGGAGCUGUCCGAACAAUCGGUCUGCAUGGAGUGUGAAGGCACCGAAGCUCUCUGGAUCUGCCUCAUCUGCGGACACAUCGGAUGCGGUCGCUACCAGGGAGGCCAUGCUGCAUCCCACUAUCGGGUGACCAAUCAUACCUACGCCCUGCAGCUCGGCACCAACCGAGUAUGGGACUACGCCGGUGAUAACUUUGUGCACCGGCUAUUGCAAAGCAAAUCGGAUGGCAAGCUUGUGGCCACCCAGUCGCCCGGUGGAGCUGAUGGGGACGAAAAGAUUGACUCGAUGCAGCUGGAGUUUACCUAUCUGCUAACGUCGCAACUGGAUGCGCAACGGGAUUACUAUGAGGAACGGUUGUCACGGCUGGAGGCAAUCAUUGGUGGCGAGCGACAGAAGCUGCAGUCGGAAAAUGACCAGGGAAAGAAAAAAUGUGCCGCACUGGAGGCAAAACUACAGGGACUUACGAAGGAGAAAAAUAAUCUGGAAAAGAAAGUAACGCAACUAUCUUCAAAAUUAAACACCGUCGUCGAAGAACUGGCAGAGGAAAAGCAAUUUGGGAAGACGUUACAAUCGAACCAGACUUCCUGGCAGGAAAAGUUUGCUGAGCUCGAGAAAAAAUGCACCGAAAAGGAGCAGGAAAUCGUCGACCUAAAGGAGCAGGUGCGCGAUCUCAUGUUCUACAUGGAAGCACAGAACACGAUUGCCGGUUCCGAACUGAAGAGCGAGCUUGUGGAUGGAACAGUGAUACUUCCGGCGAACGAAGCGUCGCCGGGCACCGGCGGUAACAACAAUCCCUCGAGCAGUGGCAGUAACGGGAAAUCGUCGGCCAAGCGUCGCCAACGAAAAAAGUAGGAUCUCAAAAGCGUUUCGUUCGCUGGCUUCCCAUAUGGAAAUAAGGCCAUCUUUUCCCUGCCACUAGCUGCGCACAUCCUUCGCCGAUUCUAUAUUUCGAUAUGUCUAGUUUUAGCCAGGUUGGAAAUUUUCGGAAUUGUGAUACAUUCUUUUCGUAGUUUUACUGUCAUCG